UUCAAUUUGUUGACAUCAGUUUUGUCAAUAAACAAAUAUUCGCGCGUAGAUACAAACUUGGAAUUAUUAAUUCAAUCUACAGAAUUUAAUUGAAAUACUUGAUGGCAGAGGGUGAAGUAAAGGAAAAAACUGAUGAACAUAAGAAAGUUGUUCACACCUACCCUCUUAUAAGGCAUUCAGACAUGCCAGAGGAAAUCAAAACGGAAUCAAUGGAACUGGUCGUAACGGCUUGUGAAAAGUUCUCUUCGAAUAACGAGGCAGCAGCGAGAAUGAUAAAAGAAGAAAUGGACAAAAAAUUCGGCCCCCCCUUCCACGUUGUGGUAGGAGAAGGUUUCGGCUUCGAAAUAUCCUACGAAUGUUCAAAUCUCCUCUACAUGUUCUUCGGCGGAAACCUGGCUAUCUGCAUAUGGAAGUGUUGAGGUUCGGCUCCCAAUUUUCCUAAAUUCGUACUUUUUAUAUGCUCAGUAGGCCAGAAAAAUCAAACUAGUCACGUGAAUAACAAUAUACUUUAUUUUUUUGUAUAACUAUAGAAUAUAGUAUAUAAAACAUAAUUUAAAAUAUUUAUAAAGCUCUUCAUUAGUA